CUGUGUUUGUCGCAAGAGCCUGCAGCCAUCGCAAUCUCACCACCAGAAGACAUCAGCGAACGCGUCGAGCUCGGUGAGUACAAACUAGAUCAUGUUGGCAUGCCAAAAGCUUUAAAUCGUCAUCCUAUGAUGGUUGAUGGCGAAAAAUUUGGGCAGAAAGUUCUGUGUUGUGUGGAUGCGGAUGAGGUGCGCUGGAUGCUAAUGCAUACAAUCGACCAUCCACAGGUUUUAACAUACCACCAUGUCCGUUGCUGUCAAGAUCCUUCGUACGGCAAACGCGCCAAACACUGCUCCAGAUGAAACGGAGACCAGCGUUGCCCAGGCAUUGCUCGACCUAGAGACCAACGUUCCCGAGCUCAAGGCUGAGCUUCGCCCCCUACAAAUUUCCGCUGCCCGGGAGGUGGAUGUCCGCGGAGGAAAGAAAGCCAUCGUAGUAUUUGUCCCCCAUCCCCAACUGAAGGCAUUCCAUAAGGUUCAGCAAAGGCUUACGAGGGAAUUGGAGAAGAAGUUUUCUGAUAGACACGUAGUCUUCGUCGCCCAACGCCGGAUUCUUGGCAAGCCAACACGCAACUCGCGCACCAAGCAGAAGAGACCCCGUAACCGCACGCUCACGCAAGUCCACGAGAAAAUACUUGAAGACCUUGUCUUCCCCACAGAGAUCAUUGGCAAGAGGACUCGGGUUGCGACUGACGGGUCAAAGCUCUUAAAAGUGAUUCUUGACCCCAAGGACGCCACGUCGUUGGAGUAUAAGUUGGAUUCAUUCUCAUCCGUCUACCGGCGUUUGACAGGCAAGGACGUGGUGUUCGAGUUCCCUACGAACCAGGAGUAGAUAUGUGGAUAGGUCGCCAUCACAUUAUGACUUCUUCGACGAGUAUACUGCAUCUAACCAAAAUGUAUGGCCGUGCCACAUGAUAUCUCUGCAUGAUGGUUCCUUUCGGCGGUUUUCCAAGAA